AUGCCAUUGGAUGACUUGGGUAAUCCGGUAUAUCAUUAUUAUGAUAACAACAGUGGUGUGUCACGGAAUCACUCCAACCACUACACUUAUCACUUGCCACAUCAAGACUCUGAUCCCACUUACAUCUCUGCAACGGACUCUAGUUCGAGAAUAAGUAAUAUAACAGAUGUCGGCUAUUCGGAUGACAGUUCAGCUUAUUUUAUUACUCAAGGUAUUCCACCAACGGUAGGGAAUCCUCCAAUCAACGGAAUCUGGACUGACUGGCAGACAUGGAGUACCUGUUCUGUUACAUGUGGAAAUGGGUCCAUCACACGCAGCAGAAACUGUGACAAUCCUCCUCCCUCAUUUGGUGGAAAUGACUGCGAAGGAUCAGCAUCAGACACACAGAACUGUACGCUUACCCACUGCCCUGUGAAUGGAAAUUGGAGUGAAUGGCUUCCCUGGAGUUCUUGCUCUACUUCUUGUGACGAUGGCAUCAUAACCCGCAAUAGAACGUGUGAUAAUCCGUUACCGGCGUUUGGUGGCGAGGUAUGUGAAGGUAACGAUACUGACUACGAAGUAUGUAUACUAAAACACUGUCCUAUACACGGUAACUGGAGUUCCUGGCAGAAUUGGAGUUCCUGUUCUGCAACCUGUGGUGGAGGUGAGAGAAGUCGCUCAAGAGAGUGUAAUGAUCCUCGUCCACAAUAUAGUGGCGAGGACUGUGUUGGACCUGUCUCUGAAACAUCAACCUGCGGCGAUGUUUCCUGUCCCCCACCUGGUACCUGGGGCAUCUGGUCUGAGUGGACUGACUGUUCUGCAACUUGUGGCGAAGGUAUGUCGAACAGAGCGAGGGAUUGUGACAACUCUGCUGGCGGAGAAUGUGUUGGAGCCGAAACGGAAACAAAAGUUUGCCAAAAAUGGAAGUGUUACGACAGCUGGGGAGACUGGAGUGAAUGCAGCUUCUCUUGUGGGACUGGAAUCCGGACAAGGAACAGGACAUGUGACGGACUAUUUACUGGACAGAUGUGCGGAUGGAACACGCCGACGUUCAGGGACGUUAAGGCCUGUAGCAACACAGGCAACUCUUGUGAUGUUUCUUUUUGCUCCAACAGAACUGCAGAGUGUUCUUACAAACAUCCAAACAGGUGUGAUAUGUACAUCACAUGUGACGCUGGUCAAGCCAUGCUCGAGCGGGUGUGUAAUGUACUGCUGAGAUACAAGGUUAUGGAGUCAAAUGAAUGUACGGGACAUUGCGAUUUUGAAGCAAAUGUUCCAUGUCCGUAA